GCUAUACGGUAGUUAUUAUAGCGACCCUUUUCCUUUUUUCAACCAUGGCAGAGAACACAGUCAGAGAACAGUGACUUUAUUUAAUAGCCAAACUUAGUAGCUACAGUGUAGGACACAGCGUAUAGAAUGGCCCUCCGUAAUGCUCUACAACAGCUCAAGCAUGGGAACCUAUCUGCUCACAGGGAAACUAAUAAGAAGGAACCCUCUAGAGCCAGAGGUGCAGAACAUUUUAAGAAGGCUCAGACGGACAUUUUUUCAUUGGACGACGACGAUGACGAUUUAUUCGCGUUUGACAAGGAUUCACUCGAAGACAGUUUCCUAACGUCCGCUACACAAGGGAAUGGCUCCACCAUGCCUCAAGCUGGACUACCUUCCUCCUCAGCACAAGUCCUCUCAAUCAAUACAACAGUCCCAAACUCUUAUGAGACACAGCGCACAGUUCCUAAAAACACAUCUGGAGCACCAAAACCUUCCUCAGUUAAAAAACUACAAUCGUUCAAGUUUGUAAAGACGACAUGUAAUACUCCGACCAGCUUCAGUAUUCUUGGCAAGAGAACUAUAGAUGGUAGAGGUGUGGAUGAUAUUAAACCAUCUCCUCCACCGAAGAAGACUGCACCAUCUGACGAGGAAAUACUCGAUAGUUUUCUCCUUAGUGACUUUAUGGAAUUAGAUUUUCCCCCUCCUAAUAGUGGUAGCAACUCUAGUGCAAGGAAAGACGUACAUUUAAAUCAACCAGACAGUGAUGAACACCUUCCUAAUAUUGGACAGCAGCCAUCGAUUGCUAACCAUCCAACAACCUCAAGAAACCUAUCUCUAAUGAACCCGGCUAAUCCAAGACCUCCCACUAACGUACCAAACUCUACCAGUUCAUUAUUCAAAGCUCCUAUUAACAGAGUCAAAACUACUGCUACAAUUUGCAGCCCACGAUCGAAUUCAUUUACCUCAACUCCUAUAAAUACACUGAAUAUUUCGAGUAAUGCAAUAAUCAAUUCUCCAUCAUGCGCCUCUUCUAAUAAGCAGUUCUCAACUCCUAGAAACAGAGAAUUGCAUCCAUUGACAAGUGAUAAACACUUCAACACUCCGACCAACUCUGUUCCAUCAAGCCAACACAUUCCCACAAGUCAAGAACGGAUUUUGACUCUAUCAAAUGUGCGAGAUAUUUCAACCCCUCAACGGUCUCGCUCGUCCACUCCUAGUUGCUUCAGGACACCGCUGUCUAGACAGCCCACAGCAAUGGUGUGCACACCAGGGGGUGAUGCAUGCCCCCCUGCCGUGACUAGACAACCCCCCCACAGUGCCAGGAGGAGGUUCCCGGGACCUGCUGGACUGCUCCCAUCACUGGUUUCAGGACAGUGUAUGGACAACAUCUCAGUCCAGCCCCCCUCUACGCCCAGACCAGUCUCCACACCAAGACUACAGAGUUUGAGUGUAUCUAGAGAAGUGUCAGGUGAUGAGGAAUGCUUCUCCAGUGGUCCCUGGGCAGACAUGCUCAAUGAUCUGGACAUGAAUGAUUCACGUUCAGCUGCCCUUCUCCAGUACAACAUAGCCAAUGCUAUAGCAGAGACUGGAACUAAGAGACUUGCUCGUGGCAAGGUACCACAUCUGAGAGUCCUGCUCAAGAGCAUAGCCCCUGUUGGGAGGAAUGCCAGCGCUGUGUUGAAGGACCUUUCUGGUGAGAUACUGUGUACUAUACACUCUAGGGUAUUUGAAGAGCAUCAGAAGGAGCUACAGCCAGGAGCAGCCAUUAUACUAAGACAGGUGUCCUUGUUCAGCCCAGCCCCUCGGAAACACUACCUCAAUAUUACCCCUGACAACAUUAUCAGGAUCUACCCUCCAGAGCCCUCUUACUCAAUACCACAAGGACCACUAGAUCUGUCUGGAAUUGAGAGAUUGUAUAACAGUGAAAACCGCUCACCACCAAAUGAAGGGCGGCCCCUCCCCACCAGCGCAAAUACUCGGACAACACUCACAAGAAAAGUGGGAGAGCCAUCAAUGGUCAGACGAACUCCUCCCUCAAUACACGAUUCGCUCACAGUAAUCACUCGAGAUAAACCACCCACAGCAUCAAUUCAAGUAGACCUAGGAGGAGCACCUGAUUUCCAAACUGCUGCAAGAACUGCUAACACUGCAAAAACACUUCAACCUUCAGCUCAACCGAAAGGCUCUUCUGUCAAGGAAGGAUUUUUUGAUCAGUUUUGCGAUGAUGAUUUUGAUGCCAUCAUCGGUGACCUGGACGACGAAGAAUUUAACUUCUAAUAGCAUAUUUUGUGACACUAUUAAUCAAUUGUACUGAACAUGACUGUAUAUAAUUAUGCAUGACUGUACUUUUUUAUUUUAUCAUUAUUGUACAUAAAAUAAUGUCAUGUUGAUUAUUCAAAAAUUAA